ACGAACAGGAGCAAACCCAAAAAUUCUAAAAACAUCGCUGGAGACCCAUGGCGUGCAGUGGAUUCGCAGUGGAUGCAUGAACACCUUUUGCGUUACUCUCGCUCGGGUCUAUCAACAAUCUUUUGAACACCGUCCGUAUUGGACCCUUGCCAUAACUAAUGGCGCUCUCAACGCGCUCGGAGACACGGUUGCACAACUCACUGAGGCUGUGACUCAGCGUUCCACAUCACAUGAACCGUGGCCCCGCUAUGAUAUCCCACGAACCUUACGAUUCUUCGCGUUCGGAUUGGGUAUGGGUCCCUUGAUCGGGAGGUGGAACUUCUUCCUUGAACGUCACUUCCCUCUACGUGCCAAUGGAAGCACUGGAAAAGUCAGCGUGAAAGCUCUGUCGAAGAGGGUUGCUGCCGACCAACUCCUCAUAGCACCUAUUGGUCUUUCACUUUUCAUUGGAACCAUGAGUAUGAUGGAGGGCAAGGAUGCCCAACAUAUAAAAGGAAAGUUUAAAGACUUGUAUGUUCCGUUGAUCAUUGCAAACUGGCAAGUUUGGCCGCCCGCACAGUUGAUUAAUUUCCGAUACAUGCCUCUCGCCUACCGAGUGCCGUUCCAGUCCAGCUGCGGUGUCUUCUGGACGCUAUAUCUCUCUAUUGCUAAUGCAAGGGAGGAUCGGAAACAGGACGAGCUCGACCGCUUGCGCAGUGCAAGUACACAAUAAGCGUCUCGCCGGUCUUGAUCUCAAUAUUAAGCCAAAAUACAUCACCAUGGAGAAAUUUAUAUUCUUAGACCUCAACUUCAAUCCCCCACUUCUGUAGCAUCAACGUAUACUAGCAAACGUAACUUUCUACUCUAGAUGUCCAAGGGACUUUUCGUUGUUAUACUACUUUUCAUGCACUACUAGCUAUACAUAGCGCUGCGUAGCUUGUACAUAACACCCGCAGCAUAUAGAUGUUCAAAUACAUACACCAUGCAAUUCGACGUAUG